UUCUUUAUCUAGAGAGUGACGUUUGUGAAGCAUUGAAUCGGGAGCGAGUUGAUACGGAGUUCGCUUCUACAGUUGCCUACGAUUGAAUAAGUUCGUUACGGAUUACUUUAUUCUGUUAUUUAGAAGAUAAAUAUCGUAUAGAAGAUGGCAGAUUGGGGUCUAUCGGCCGACGAGCAGGAGAAGAGCCUAUCACAGAAGAUUGGAAGCAUAAACAUUAAAUCUCCAAAUCACAUGGUGCCUGUUGUAAAGAUACCGGCAGAAGAUUCGUUAGGAAAUGGCGAAACGGAUGAACCGGAAAUUCCACUUGCUGAGGCAUCGUUAAUGAGAAAAAUACUACACACUAAACUCGUUCAUACUACUCACGAUGUUGAAGUUCAGAGAAAGAAUCCAAGUUCUCCUUUAUAUUCCGUCAAAUCUUUUGAAGAAUUAAACUUGCGUCCAGAACUCCUAAGAGGUGUUUACGAAAUGGGAUUCAAUGCACCAUCUAAAAUUCAAGAAACGACACUUCCAACAUUACUUGCGGAUCCCCCUCAAAAUAUGAUCGCUCAGUCUCAGAGUGGAACAGGGAAAACUGCUGCUUUUGUGCUUGCAAGUUUAAGCAGAGUCGAUCCGGAUAAGAGAUAUCCGCAGGUUUUAAUUCUCUCGCCGACCUAUGAGUUAGCCGAACAGACUGGAUGUGUCGCAAAGCAAAUGGCUAAAUUCUGCUCGGAAAUUGGAUUUCGUUUUGCAGUUAGAGGAGAAACAUUGGCUAGAGGUGAAAAGAUAUCUGAGCAAGUUAUCAUUGGAACUCCUGGAAAAGUGUUAGAUUGGAGCAUAAGAUUCAAAUUCUUUGACGUCAAGAAAAUUAAGGUGUUUGUAUUAGAUGAAGCCGAUAUUAUGAUCGCAACCCAAGGUCAUCACGAUCAGUCUAUUCGAAUUCACAAACAACUUUCUCCAGAGUGCCAGAUGAUGAUGUUUUCUGCUACUUACACAGAAGAAGUUAUGGAUUUUGCUGAAAUUAUUGUGCCUAAUCCAGUUGUUUUACGGCUCAGGAAAGAAGAUGAGAGUCUGGAAAACAUCAAACAGUAUUAUGUUGUAUGCAGAAAUACCGAAGAUAAAUUUAGUGCUUUAGCAAAUAUUUAUGGAGUUUUAUCUAUCGGCCAGGCUAUUAUAUUUUGCCAUACAAGACGUACUGCAGCUUGGCUGGCCGAGAAAAUGACCAAAGAGGGACACGCCGUUGCUCUUCUGUCUGGUGAUUUGUCAAUCGAGCAACGAAUUGCCGUUCUCAACAGGUUUAGAGAUGCAAAAGAAAAGGUUCUUAUUACCACCAACGUUUGUGCAAGAGGUAUCGAUAUUGAACAAGUCACUUUAGUCGUAAACUUUGAUUUGCCCGUCGAUCAGAAAGGUAAUGCAGAUUGCGAGACCUACCUUCAUAGAAUUGGCCGUACAGGAAGAUUCGGAAAAUCUGGAAUCGCCAUAAACAUGGUAGAUGGAAAAAGAACAAUGAAGAUCUUAGAAGAUGUUGAACAUCAUUUCAAGCGUAAGAUCACCCGACUGGAUGCCGAAGACGUGGACGAAAUCGAGAAAAUCGAACACGACGAUUAAGCCGUUCGGACGCAACUUUGGUCGUAAAAGAGGAAAACGUUUCCAGCUGUAAUUACAUAUUUUGCAUAAUUUGUCAACUUGUAAAAAGAAUAUCAUUAAAAAAAAUACACUCAUUGGAAUCAUUGACAUUUUGUACAUUGUUUAUGUUAUUAUUUUCAAAUGUACUAUAAUUUUAUUUCUAAAAAGAAAAAAAAAAAA